AUGGCUGAUCUACAUAAUUAUACACCUUCUGCAUUCGAACAUCCUUAUUAUAUAGAAUAUGACGAGACUUCUGCUAAGAAAUCAUCUCAAAAAGUAACAACAUUCAACUUGUACCCUCCGUUUGAUUAUUACCAAAAUAUCAUUGGUUCCUGCAAUGGGUUGAUUUGUCUAGAUGGUUUAAAGGAUGAGUGUCUGAUUGUUUAUGUUUGUUGUAUCUGUAAUCCCAUCACUAGAGAAUGUGUUUUUCUUCCAAAAAUUGAGAAUUCAGAUUAUGAUAAUCAUGUUUUCUUGGUCGGAUUUGGUUACAUUUGCUCAACUAAUGAGUACAAGGUCGUUAGAGCUUAUAGAUUAAAAGAAGAACCCAAAUUUGUACAAUUUGUGGUUUAUACUCUUGGCAGUGGCAAGGGAUGGAGAAGUGUAGGGAAGAAAAUCGGCAUUGGUAUGAAAUUGUUUACCAGGUUACGUGGUGUGUUUGCAAAUGGAUCUGAUUAUUGGAAUCUUGGAAAGGGGAAAAUUGUUGCUUUUGAUCUGGUUGAAGAAUUUUUUGUUAAAUUACCUCGAUUUUCUCCAGGUUCUUUGGAUUUCAGACUCGGGGUAUUGGAGGAUUAUCUAUGUAUCACACACAAAACUGGUGCCAAAAGUGCUGACAUUUGGUUAUUCAAACAGAAGAAUGAUAAUUCAUUUAGUUGGAGUAAAGAGUUCAGUUUAAUCAAUACAAGUUCAUACAAUGUUCCGCUUGGCCUUACAAGUAGUGGUACAGUUUUAUGCCACGACUCGAGUACGAAAUUCUUGCGUCAUGACCUAAAAUCUUCUUCUUCCAAGAAGCUUUUGGAUUUUGGUAAGCAAAUCUAUCAAGCGAUCCCUCAUAUGAACACUUUGGUUUCGUUGAAAGCAUUAGGAGAAGAGGACACAAAAACAAUGGAAUCUGGUGAAAAUGUAGUACAAAAAGCAGAACCCAAGAUGACUUUGCACUUCAGUAAAACAGUAAGAUGGACACAUCCGCAUUGA